GUACAUCUGGCGCCUCCUGGGACACUCUGCAGUCCCCCUUGGAUCAGAUUACCCUCUUUGUGCGAUUGGUUCCUCAUCCCAAGCCAUCUGCUUGAGAUGGACCAGACAAUGGGUUUGUGUGGCCGUUAAAUAGCCGGGACUAACACUGCCACUGAUCACUUCCAAGUGGGGGUGAGACUGCUGCCUGCUAGUGCACUCUCUUCCCUCUCCCGUGCAGCCUUUAGGAUCACGGAGCUUGCUUGCGUCUGUUGGGGGGAGUGAGAGUGCCACACGUCUCUCGCUCUCUCUGUCCAUCUCGCUUGUCAAGGAGCCAGCGGAGCUGAGAUGCCUCGAGGGUUCCUGGUGAAGAGGACCAACAGGGCCGCUCCUGUUUCCUACAGGGUGCGCGGCGGCGACGAGGGGCCACCCACGCCGUGGGGCCACGGGAUGCCCGGCUCCCCCUGCUGCGCCCCGUCCCGCAGCCCGGACCGGCCGGAGAGCCCCCCGGGGAGGCCGGCCAACUCCAGCUCGCCCGCCUCGGCCGAGUCCUUCCCGGGCCUGAUGUCCUCGCUGGGGCGGGCCGCCUUCGUGUCGGACGGGGAGGUGGAGAUGGGCUCCAGCUGCGCCCCCGUCCGGCCGGCCAAGAGGCGAGGAGCCGAGGGCAGGGCCCAGCGGAAGAGGCCCAGGGCGGAGAGGAAGGCCUGCCGAGACGAGGUGACCACGUCGCCGGUCCUGGGGCUGAGGAUCACCGGGGAGCUGACGGACUGCCAGCAACCCAGGGCGGCCGGGCAGCCGCUGGGAGAGUUCAUCUGCCAACUGUGCAAGGAGGAGUACGUGGACGCGCUGUCGCUGGCCCAGCACCGCUGCUCCAGGAUCGUCCGGGUGGAGUAUCGCUGUGCCGAGUGCGACAAGGUGUUCAGCUGCCCGGCCAACCUGGCCUCCCACUGCCGCUGGCACAAGCCCAAGAACCCCGGCGGCCUGCGGGGCCAGGGUACAACCAGAGCCGAGGGCCGGGCCUGCGACGAGCCCGAGCCCGCCCACCACGACGACGAGCUGUUCGACUGCCCGCUCUGCGGGAAGCGCUUCCGACGGCAGGCCUACCUUCGCAAGCACAUGGCCACACACCGGCCGCCCGUCCUCUUCCCCGGCAGCCGGGGGCAGCAGCAGCCCGGGGGGGAAGCCGCCGCCGCCGCCCCGCUCCGGCUGGCCUUCGUCGCUACCGAGGACGCGCCGGCCAAAGCCCGACCCGAGGGCCCAUUCGCCGCCUGCCUCGUGCACAGCCGGCACAUGGACAAGAGCAGGCACGUGGUGUUGCUGCAGCUCUCCACAGCGCAUGCGGUGAUGUGA